UUUCUCAGCGAACACAAAAUAUCGUAUUUGCUCGAGCAUGAAGUCGUUAAACUGCAGGGUUUAUGUACGGAAAUACAUAGGAUGUGCACUAUCGAAGGCGUUUAAGUAGGUUACUACUAUUAUCCCCCCAAGUAAGUCAUUUGACCAUACAUGCCAUAUGCGCCCUUAAAAAGGUUGUUGUGGGCCUUCUCUUGCGUGUCGGGUCAAGACCAUCACUCCGGCCUUGUGCGACAUACUUCAUGCCAACUCCACGGAUUAUCAACCCGUUUUCAUAUGUGUGCCUUUAAAAGCUUUAUUAUCAGGAAUAAUAAAUAAUAUCGCAUAUACAACGUUUUGUGGACCUAUGUGACUAACUGGUCGAUCCAUGUAUGUAUUAGUGACAUAUAUAUGGACUUCCCACCGGCAACGCGGAACUACCUAUAUACACAGUGACAUGGACCUGAUGUAAAUGACGAGCUAUUAUGAAACUGCUGUCUACAGUCGCACUGCUAUAAGGAUUGCGCCUAUGGUUUUGUGCUUAGAUGCCGUUGUGAGACUGGAUAUAAAAUUAUGAAUAUUUGGAGAGAGAGGAAUCUAUGAUGUGCAUACAUAAGUGCGAAUUAUUGGAUGUACCGUAAGAUGUACCCUCGUUUGAUGGCACUAUUCGAUGACGGAACUAAAAUUAAUGGAUAAAAGCAUAUGUGUGUUUCUUAAGUCAUAUUAAUGGAUUAUAAUGGGAGAACAACGCAAGUUUAGGGCCUACACGAAAGCGCAUACCUAGACUGACAACAUGUUGAUUAAUCAAAUGAAGAGUCGGUGGUUUUUUGCUGCAGUGGUGUUCCUUUUUCUUGCUGAAGUGUACGUUCUUGGCGCCGUGACCUUCUUGUCAACCCCUUCAGGGAAAGCCAUUUAUGGGCAAAAUAUAGCUUUCAAGUGUAACGAUUCGGGUGCCUCUGCACCUUGUACCAACAACCCCAGUCUCCCUGAAUGCACUUCUACUGACAAAAAGUACAACCAAAUUAGCUAUACCCAUACCUUGGCAAAUGGUACAGUGUUGGAAUUCGGAACAUGCAGCAACCACCUACCCGUUUCGGACUGGAACGUCACGUGGUCAUUGUGUGACAAAGUGUCGAGCUCCCUGACCAUCAUUAAUGUGAGUCUGGACGAUGCGGGAAAGUGGAAAUGUAUCAGUGGAGGUGUCACAGAGAUUCUCAGCAUCGACGUGCAGUAUCCACCUAUGCUGAACUAUGAGAAUUCUUUCAACUCCCCACCGCCACCCACCCUAGAUAUCAACCUGGGCUCAAACUUCGCCUUCAACAUUAUGGUAAAGGCUAACCCAGGCGUCACCAACUACACUGCAACCUGUCUACGCGCCAACGUGGCAUCGCGGCUCAAACUUCGGGAGACGACCACCGGCAAGGAAUACCUGCUUUCCUUGCAAGCGAUGGAAUACACCGACUUCGGUAACCACACCUGUCAGAUCAAGAACAGCAUUGGUACACUUUUGCUCCAGUAUUUAUUGAUACCAAGAGGGCCAACUUUCACGCUUUCCAAAGGUCGGGUCACCGCCGUCUCUGCAACAUUAGAAUGGCUUCCACAAAAUGGCGGACCUUACACUCCAAGCUACAUCAUCUACUACAAGCAGAGUAAUCAAACAACAUGGAUACCUAGCAACGAAAAUAAACCCCUGGCACAACCUACUGUUUUAAAAGCAGAAUAUAAGCAGGGGAAUUUAAUGCCAGACUCGUUAUAUGAUUUCAAAGUGACAUUAGCAAUUGAAGCCAUACACCAAAUGGAUGCCGCGAUUUCGAAUAUCUUACGGCGGGUACAGACGUACAGUCGACCAAAUAUCACAUCGGGCAACAUCCGGGUAACUACCAACACAGAAAGUGGCGUGACGUACAUGGCUUGGGAUAAAUUCACAGGACAUUACACUCACAUGAAAGUGAAGUACUGUUUGUUAGACGCCUCGGGGAAUGUGGGCACAUGUGAUAUGCAGACUGUUGGCGACCGCAGACAGUUAAAAAUUAAACUCGACUUAACGUAUGGAAGGAGCUAUUCAUUUUAUUUCUAUGUUAUGGAUGGCGACGAUGUUGUAUUCGAGUCUGCAGCUCUUGUGGCGAAGAGUACAAUAGAUAUCAAUGGAGGCGUGAAACUCUCUGGUGCUGAGAUAGGAGGGAUCGUGGUCGGGAUAAUAGCGGCUUGUUUGGUGCUAACCGCCGUCAUCAUCGUAGUGGUCCGCGUGAUGAGGAAGAAAAGAGAAGAGAGAUUAAAAAUGCAGACGCACCACAGUGAGAGUACACGAGUUAGAGGGGGUCGUCAAGGAGUGAGGUUCAAUGACACGGGUCAUGACAACGCUACCAUGAUCCCAGAUCCGUAUUACCAAGUGCCGGUCAACAGGAGGGCGGCUAAAGACAACACGCCGAGUUCAACAUUAGAGUGUGAAGGAAGUGGGGUAUAUGAGACAGUUGAAGAUGAUGGGUCUAGAUUUUAUGAAGCCCCUCUUCCAAGUCCGCCGACCAAACCGUAUGACUCCAACAUAUACACUUCCUUGAAAGCAGAUAGGAUAUAUCUAAAUGUUCCACCACCAAAAAGCGGUCUCGCAUCCGUAGGACAAGCAUCACCAAAACUUGAUAAGCAACCGCGAAUAUAUGAAAACCUUCCACCACCCAAUGAUAACAAAAAGGCGCGUCCACCCGACGUGAGCACUAUCAACCAUAUCUACGUCAACACGGGCUUCAGCGCUGGCAGUGGUCAUGUACAAGAUGAUGGCAGAUCAGAUGAAAACAUUGAUGAGCGGUUUUGACACGCGUGAUUUCAAACUUCAAAAAGUUUCCGUCCACAUGUAUAGAUGUGAAGGUCAGCAAUGAAGUAGAAUAUGAGGCUGGUUCUCGCGAGAAGUGAACGCAAUUGGACGCUACAGUGUCUUCCAGGGAAGGAAGGAUGUUCCAACGGGAGUGACUUUACUACUGCCUGUCAAAUUUUGUUUUGAUUGUUUUUAAAUGCAAAGGUAGACUUUGAUUACUUUCCAUGUCUUUUUUUAGACCUACUUUUACUUAUUUUGAUAAUAUGAACAGUACUAUGAACAGUACAGAAGAUACAAUCAUAUGUUCUCAGGACCUGUGUUAUCGAGAUAUGUUUAUAGGAACACAUGUUUUAAACAGUCUGUAUGGUUUUAGGCCACUUAUGCUCUCAGGACCUUGAAAAUUAUGUUAACAAAAUGUAUAAGGAAAAGACACUUUAACGUUUGACCACUGGUUAUUGCAUUUGAAAUUCUAUGCCGAUAGACUUCUUAGAAAUGAUAUGCCCAUUUCCUUUGUUGCCGCUUUGUUCGAAAAAACCUAUCAGCUGGUUUCUUGUAA